AUGGGAGCCACGCCCUUCACAGAAAGAAUCUUAAGAGCAAAACUCCCCAAAGGUUUCGACAAACCCACCGACAUGAAGUAUGACGGAACUAAGGACCCUCAAGAACACCUAACGGCCUUCGACAAACCCUCCGACGUGGUCCGAUGCAGAGCCUUCCCAGUAACCCUUGUCGGACCAGCGAUCAAAUGGUUCAACGCCCUCCCAAACGGAUCCAUAGCCAGCCUCCACGACAUCGCACGAAAAUUCAUGGCCCAAUUCACAACCCAAAUCACCAAGGCGAAACACCCCAUCAGCUUGCUAGGGGUCACACAGAAGCAAGAAGAAUCUACAAGGAAAUACCUCGACCGCUUCAACGACAAAUGCCUAACGGUCGACGGACUCACGGACUCCGUUGCAAGCCUCUGCCUAACUAACGGGCUCAUGAAUGAAGAUUUUCGCAAACACCUCACUACUAAACCAGUGUGGACCAUGCACGAAAUUCAGAACGUCGCCAAAGACUACAUCAACGACGAGGAAGUCAGCCAGGUCGUCGCUGCCAACAAACGGCAGCACGCCGCUACCCAACACGGUAACCCGCCUCCACGUCACAAUCCACCACCCAAAGAAAACCAACGAGACCACCUUAGGCCAACCAACCGACCACCAAGAAUAGGAAAAUUCUCUAAUUAUACGCCCCUAACAGCACCAAUUACCGAGAUAUACCACCAAAUAGCGGAUCGUGGCGUCAUCCCCAAAGCCCGACCACUCAAGGAAAGGACAGGAGGCAACAAAGCCCUCUACUGCGACUACCACCGAGGCUACGGCCACAAAACACAAGAUUGUUUUGACCUUAAAGACGCUCUCGAACAGGCCAUACGAGACGGCAAACUCCCGGAGUUCGUCAAAUUCAUCAGAGAACCAAGGCGCGCCGACAGAGACAAGUCGCCAGAAAGAGAAGGGCGCAACCCGAGAACUCAAAAGCUACCCCCCAGGGAAAACCCCGAAGAAGACCCGACCAUCAUAAUAAACGUCAUCACGGGCAAGGACGUAUCAAAUAAAUCAAAACUAACAAUGAAAAAGACCUCAAGAUAA